GACCAAACGCGUCAAAGAACCUCUUCCUUUGAACCACGAACUUCAUCUUCCAUUGACCAUGGCAUCUAAGCAGGCUAAUCGUCAGGCUAUUACACUCAAAGGCUCUACCGUUUUGGUCACAGAAUUUUUCAAGUAUGCUGUUAACACGAUUCUCUUUCAACGUGAAGUAUAUCCCUCAGACGAUUUUCAUAUGGUCAAAAAAUACGGUCAAACCGUGCUAGUUACGCAGGAUCUCGCAUUAGAGAAUUAUCUGGACAAAAUCCUGAAACAGGUUCAGAAGUGGCUCCUUACAGGCUCAGUGACGCAGCUCGUUCUGGCCAUUAUAUCAAAAGAAACAAGAACAGCUCUUGAACGAUGGGUUUUCGACAUCAAGUUGGUUGAACCGCCCGAAGGUCCAAGUCUAAAUGCACCGCCGCCCCAAAAGCCCGAAUCCGAAAUACAAUCCGAGAUUCGGGCAAUUUUGAAGCAAAUCAUAUCUAUGGUGACAUAUCUGCCAGUGAUCUCGGAGCCCACUGUAUUCAAUAUAUUGGCCUACACGUCGGACUCUGCGGACGUUCCCGCUGGAGAAUGGGUCGACACCGAUCCUCUGGCAAUCGAAGCAAGCAAGAGUCAGCAGGUGAAGAUGAGGAGCUUCAGCACUGACAUACACAGGAUUGAAGCAAUGGUUGCCUAUCGAUAUGAGGAAUAGGAGGAAUAGGAACGUCGGAGACAGCGGGGUGUGGCAGCAACAUAUGUACAUGGUAACUUCGAUAAUAGUAUUCGAAUCCGAAUCCAAGGAACUGGUUACUGG